CGCCCUCUACGUUACUUAGCAUGAAAAACUGCCACCAUGGCGAGUUCUGAGUGGUACGCAAAAAAUGACGAAAUGAACGCAUCAGCUGUGAUUGAUCUUUCUGAUGCCAAUUACCUUGAGAAGGAUAAUGAAGCCACGCCCUCCUUGGUACGGCAACCACCCGAACUGACCAAUGAUGAAGCUGAUCAGCACGGAGAUAGCCAAGCAGCAAAGCCGUCGGAAACAACCUUCAUGGAUGCAAUGAAGAGCCAGAUGGCAGAUUCGGUCUGGCAAGCUAGUCGUCAGCAGGCCCGGAAGGCGUUUGACAUUUAUGGCAACAUUGAUAUCCUCCGACCAUACUUUGAUGUUGAACCCAAGGUUGUAGUUGCAAGGCUGCUAUUUUCGUUCGUUCCAAGGAAGCUAACUGGGAAUCCACAGAAAGUAGUUGGUGAACUGUAUGGCCCUCUUAUGGUAGUUUUCACACUGAUAGCUGUCUUACUCUAUGGAAUGAAAGAUUCUGGACACACUGUGAAAGAAGGAACUUUGAUGGGGUCAUCAGUUGGGAUCUGUUUUGGUUACUGGUUCCUGGCUUCGCUUCUCUUUUACACUGCUUCCUACAUCUGUAAUACAUUCAUCACUUUCUUACAAGUCCUCACAUUGACUGGAUACGCUAUGUCCUCAUACUGUGUCGUAUUGUUUCUAGGUACAGUUCUUCACAGUGAUUCCCAUACAUUAUUCUACUCCAUGUGGGGCGUAUUAGGAGGGCUGUCAGCAGCUAAAAUGGUUAUGGUUUAUAUUUCAAGAACGUCAGCUAAAUCUCAGAAGCUGAUUAUAGCAGGAAUCGUCGCCUCCAUCCAUCUGUUAUUCCUGCUUUAUCUCCAUUUCUCGUAUCAUAAGAUUGUUGAAGAUCUCACACUAGCCUUACACCGUGAUGAUACUGAUGAAGUUGUUGCAAUGGCAAAGGCUGUUGAUAUCGUAGAUGAUGCACAAGGACCAGUUGACGUAGGCAUUGAACCGCCUUUAAAUGAGCAUCCAAAUCAAGAAGACCCUGUUUACUGAGAUACGUCAACAUAGGGUCUAAAAUACCGUUUUGUCGAUUGACCGGAUAUGAUGACUAUCAUUUCACUGGAUGAAUGCCUAUUCAGAUGUCAUCAGGAUUUAGCAGGUUUAUCCUUAGAAAGCCUUUUACAGCAAGUACCAUAUUUUCCCUGUUGUUCACAUGAAUCAGUUGAUGCCAAUUUUCUCCAUAGAUUCUGAUUGACACUGACAAUAACCAUAUCUGCAUAUUCUUUUAAUUGUAAUGAAGAAAUUUGACGACCGAACGCUAGCAAAUUACAUCAUUAAUUUGUUACAAUGAGGUAAGCUCUUUAAAUUAAAAUGUCAUUCUAUGUUUAUAACCACUGGAGGUGGGGUAAAAUGUUUCUUAAAUAUGAAUUAGUUGGUAACACAACAUCUGCUCCUGCGACAAUUGCUCGUCUGAGAUGUAGGGGUCGGGUUGCAAUAAGGUUUUAUGUUGGGUUUAGGGUUAGGUUUAGGGUAGGGUAUAGUGUUAAACCCAGGGUUGAAGUCAAGAUAUUCCAUUACUGUGUGUG